UCUCUUUAUACAAUAGACUUAGACAGUCGUUAGCACAACGUUUAACUGUCCAGUCUAUGCCUAAGCCUAGCGCUAUGUUUAGUCCGAGGCCAGCUUUAAUUAGUCUCUGCAUGCUCUUGGCCUUGCUCUACCAAGUCAUUGCCAUCGACUAUACCAAUCCCAAAUCACAAGUGGAGUAUAUAACCGAUUUGCAUAAGGAUAAGCCCAACUUUGUGCCUGUGACACGCCCACCGUUGGUUACUCAAACAGCGCCCGCGCCGCCCGCUGGCGACAGCAAAGGCUUUGCCUACAAUGCGCAAACACAAACCUGGACGCGUCUCUCACCCAAUGCGCCACCGCCAGAGGAAGGCACUUUGACUUGGCAUCAAAGCAACGACAAGUGGCUAACACAUGGACCAGGCGAUGCUUAAAUGUUGCACAUUUAAUGUAAUACAAAAUAUAUAUAUAU